UUGCGGGAGGAUACAAGCCUUUUAACCUGGAGACUUGUCGCCUUAUGGUUUCAAUGUUGGAUGUAUCCUUUACCUUAAUGGUUGUCUAGAGCAUUUUUUCCAUGGCAAAAAAAAAAAAAAAAAAAAAAAGUCUUUCUAAAAAUCUCAUCUCAGGAUGAAGGAAUAAGUACACACAAAAAUUACAAGUAACCACCAAAGAGCUUUGUGAAAUAACUAGCUGUUAGGAUGUAAUUUGGUGUGAGAAACAGACAGGAAGUUUAGUAAGGAGAAUGGCAGUUGUUCAAGAUUGCCCAAGGUGCCAUAGGUGUGGUGGCUUAUGUGUGUAAUCUCAGCACUCAGGAUGCUGAGACAGGAGAAUCACUGUGAGUUUGAGGGCAGCAUGUGCCUGCCAUAUUGCAAAUUGGAGGUUAGCCUGAGGUACAGAGAUCCUUUUGCAAGAGAAAUGGGUUAUGUAUGUUAGAGUAUGUGUCAGAGUUCAUGCCCUAAGACACGGACGUGCACAAGAAUGCCAGCCAGUGGUUAGGCUCAGUUUGGCUAGGUGCUACUUUCCACUCUAGCUCACUUUCUACAGGUGAAGACCAAGGGACGCUCAGAACCCAUCACCUAGAGCACCGAGGAAAUGUAGCCCAAUUCCAAGAGAUAUGUCCGGCACGAUGGGGUUCAAUGAAUUCAAAGAGCUCUGGGCUGUGCUGAAUGGCUGGAGACAACACUUCAUCAGUUUCGAUAGCGAUAGGAGUGGCACCGUGGAUCCCCAGGAGCUACAGAAGGCCCUGACGACUAUGGGAUUCAGGUUGAGCCCCCAAACUGUGAAUUCAGUUGCAAAGCGAUACAGCACCAGCGGGAAGAUCACGUUUGAUGACUACAUUGCCUGCUGUGUCAAACUGAGGGCUCUCACAGAUAGCUUUCGCAGACGGGAUUCGGGUCAACAAGGAGUUGUGAAUUUCUCGUAUGAUGAUUUCAUCCAGUGUGUCAUGACCGUCUAACUCAAGAGCAAACUGUCUGAAUAUAUUCAACAUUCCAACUGGAACUCGCCCUUGCUUCCUCUCUGCCUUCAGUGCUGUGUGCAGACCCCACCGACAGCCACUCCCUGACAACCGUUGAACGGGAUUAUGACUUUAUAUAGAGCCACAGCUUCAUUUUUCAUUUUGAUAAUAAAUUCCUUUGAAGUUUAAUGAUAUAAAAACAAGUCUGUUAUACCAGUCAGAACCUCCUGAGCCAUUAUCAAUCAUGCCUUAUUUUCCUGCUAACCCUCUUUUAUAUAAAGUAUGCAAAAUGUUUAACAUAUAUUACAUAUUUUCUUGUGAUAUAUGAAAUUUUUUCAUCUUAGCUGUUAUUGUUUCUUUCCCUGAGGAAUGUGGUUAAAGUUUGUGUGGGGUAUUCUUAAGUGGCAUACAUCCACAGUUGGGCAAAACAAACCAAUGAACCUGGCAGUCCACAUACUAGAAAGUAUAAGUUUUACGACUUACUUGUUGAAAGCCUUAUGACUUAGAGAUAUUGAAUGGUUACUGUCUGCCUCCUAAAAACCUAUAGAUCAUGAGGGGCAAAUACUGUCACCAAGUUCUUCUUUGCCAUCUACCCCAAACUUUUGUUAAUUAUACUUAAAGAUCUUGAAUACUGUCAGCUUAAAUUGUCAGAAAAAGACUAAAGUGAAGUAAGAAUAUAUUAACUGUUUAUUUUUGACUAAUAAGAUUCUAGAUGACUUUAAUUUCCUUUAUAUAUUUCUGUAUCUCCCAAAUUUUUAAUAAUGUGCAUGCUUUCAUUUUACAACCAGAUGUCAGGGGAGGAGAGACAGCUCAGCAAUACUCAUGUACUGCUCUUAUGGAGGACUAAAGUCCCCAGCGCCCAUGUUGGGUGGCUUACUACUGCCUCGGGCCCCAUGGUCACCUUCAUUUCACCUGCAGAUAUCCCAGUGCAAACAUGCAUGCACACACACAAUUAAAAAGUAAUAAAGAAUAAGUAAAACCAAGCAGGUUUCAUUUUAAAAAUUGUUGGCAUUCAUUUUUGAAUGUCAUUUGCUCAUGAUCUUUAACACAAGAAAGGAACUGAAAUGAACAUCUUAAUUAAUGAUCUGCCUUUAACUACAGGGAGUAGGGUCUUCCUUCCAACUCAAUUUCCAAGUAUUCUCUAAUAGCGUAUUAGGUUUUACACAAACACACACACACAAAGGGAGAGAAAGAGAUGGGGAAAGGAGGGGAGGGAGAGAGAAAGAGGAGAGAGAGAGAGAGAGAGAGAGAGAGAGAGAGAGAGAGAGAGAGAGAGAGAGAGAGAGAGAGAAUUUUUUCCAAAUGUUUAAUCAUUUGGCUUGCUGGAAAUGCCUUGCUAUGUAUGUGCCUUGGACAUUUUAGGCAAUGACAGUACACUCAGGUCCCUAUCUUUGAAAAGAGAAGACUAAUUACCAUUAAAGUAGUUCUGAGUAUGCAAAGGUAUAUUUGAGUAAAAAGCAUCCCCAGGGUUUUGUUGUUACAGUUUGGCAGCUAACAAUGGUUAAGUCUUCUCUCGCUAGCAAUGUAUCUGUCUUGUUUCUGGCACAAUGUGAAUCUGACCAUCCAAGUAAACGAUUCACUUACAACUGGUGAAAUAAACAUUCCAUAAGCAUCUUCA